AUGGAAAAAAUCUUAUCAUCGAAUACGACAGUUGCAAAUCAAGAAUUACUAAAUCAAUGUAAAAUAUGUGGAUCACCAGCUAAAUAUUCUUAUUUUGGUGUUAUAUCAUGUAAUUCAUGUAAAAUGUUUUUCAAACGAAAUGCUGAACGAGGAGAAAAAAUAUCGAAAUGUAAAUUUAAUAAUCGUUGUGAAACAACUAUCAAUAAUCGACAUGAAUGUUCUUGUUGUCGUCUUAAUAAAUGUUUUCAUAGUGGAAUGCAAAUUGAAUUAAUUCGACCUUCACAUCCAAAAACAAGAGUAAAAAGAAAAUUAUCAACAGAUUCAAUAGAACAAACACAAAUUGUAUUAGCUAAAUUAAAUGAAUGUACACAAUUUCCAACUUUGAAUUUAUUAAAUGCAGAUCUUUCAACAUUAACUGUUGAUCAAUGGAAUCUUAUAUCGAAUUUAUCUCAUUGUUAUGAUGACCAUAGUGGAUUAUCCAUAGGUGAACGUUAUGUACGUGAACAACAUGCUUUACCACCACGAUUACGUUUUAAAACUACAUCAAUGAUUGUUUUUAUUGGAACAAUAUUUAAUGAAGCUCAAUUAUUAUACAAAAAUAAUCAAGAUUUUCUUUCUCUAUCUCUAGAGGAUCGUUCGACUUUAUUACAUAGUACAACUGCACAUACAGCUAGUCUUUCUUCAAAUUUUAUUUUUCAUCAAAUUGGUUUAAUGGAUUGUCCGACUUAUUAUAAUUCGUUGGAAAUAAUAACUCAUGCAAGUUUAAUACCUACUGCUAAACGUAUAGCAAAUCGACUUGAUUUUGAUAUUAUUGUUAUUAAAUUAAUGCUUGCUAUUCUUUCAUUUUCAACAAUUAGUUAUACAUCUUAUUCAAAUAGUCCGCCAGUGAAUUUAUCAAAUACUAAAUUAAUUCUAAAGAUUCAAGAUACAUAUAUUGAUCUAACAUGGAGAUAUCUAGUUUAUAAAUAUAAUUAUGAACAAGCUAUUAAAUGUUUUUCUGAUCUUAUACGAUGUUUAUUUGCUAUUAAUCAAGCUAUGGUUGAAAUAGAAGAAAUUCAAUGGUAUACAAAUAUGGUCGAUUCAUUCGUUCAAACGACCGAACAAAUUCUUAUUGUUGAUAAUUAA